AUGAUCGGCAGAAGUGUUUGGUACAGAUCCUUCCAUACCAGUGGAUCCAUCUGGAAACAUUUUGGGUUUCCUCAAACACAAGUGACAUCGGUUUACAACAAAACCAAGAGCGCAUCUAACUACAAAGGGUACUUCAAACACAAAGAUGCCCCAGGAAUGUACUAUCAACCAUCAGAAUCCAUCGGGACAGGGUCUAUUAACAGUGAGACUAUUCCACGUAGCUUUAUGGCAGCCAGUGAUCCUCGUCGAGGGUUUGACGUACCUGUACAGGGCGCUAAACCGCAGCAUUGCCCUAAUGUUCUCGUCAGUAAGAGUACAGUGAACGGCAAGACGUACCAUCUUGGGCCACAGGAAAUUGAGGAGAUCCAGAGAUUACGUUACGAAAAUCCUCAAAAGUACACACGCAAAUUUUUAGCUGCAAAGUAUGGUAUUUCGCCGUUAUUUGUAUCAUUAAUUUCGAAGCCAAGUGACCAACAAGUGCAAAAUAUGGAAAGUAGAUUGACAGACAUUCAAUCGAGCUGGAAAGAAAAGAGGCGUGUGGCUAGAGAGGACCGUAAACGUAGAAAACUGCUGUGGUAUCAGGCGUGA